AAUCAUAUAUUAUUUAACUGUCACGUAUAACCUUGAAGAUAUUUACUCUUUUACAAGUAAUUGUGGUAAUUAUUGAUCAUUAUUGUUACAUAUAUCUAACAUCAAUUAUCUAGAUAACUGGAUUCCAAAUAUUUCAUAGUAUUUAAUUGUGAAUUUACACAUAAAGGCGAUUUAGUAGUCGCGUUAUUGAAGGUAUCUGAACCAACCUUAAGAUGAUUCCUGAGAUAUGGAUGAAAUAUAACACUGAAUCUUUGAGACUUGCAUUAAGACACGUGAACAAAUAUAAACAUCUACUUAAAUGGAAGGAAAAUGAAUCUAUUUUAGAAAUCGGUUGUGGAGAUGGAACUAACGCCAAACAGGUUAUACUACCUAUUCUGCCUAAGGAUUAUAAAGAAUUUCACAUUUCAGAAAAAGAACCCGAUUUCGUGAAAUACAUUCAACGGAAUGUUACUAUACCAAAAUUUAAAGUUUUUAAGCAAGACAUCGUUGAUGAUGAAGUUCCAAAGGAGUUGGAAAAUAGGUUUGAUCAUAUUUUCGGAUUUUUCGUCAUGCAUAUGUUAAUGGAACCAAGAAAAGCGUUGGAGAAUAUUCACAAAAUGUUGAAACCGGGUGGACAAACAUUUUUAAAUUUUUUCGAGUACACUCCAGUAGACGAUGUAAUGAAAAAAAUGGAACGUCAUCCAAAAUGGGGAAAAUACCCACACGCAAUGAAUGCUUAUAUGAACCAUGAAAAUCCGUUAGAAGCUUACACGAAAGAUUUUAUAGCAGCUGGAUUCGAAAAUGCAACUUAUAAUACCGAAAUUGAAACGUGUGAAUUUGAAGAUCCUUAUUGGAGAGAUUUGUUUCUAUCAGUUAAUCCAACAGUAUCUAAAAUUCCUGAAAAUGAGAAAGAAGAUUACUUCAAAGAUUUUUUAGAAGCUUGCGGCAUAACUGCUUCUCCACCAGUCAAAAAACCUGAUGGGAAAUUGGUCAGAGAAUUUCCAACCAAGUUGUUUGUAGUAGUUGCUGAUAGGACUUGAAUGAAGAAUAAUUUUUAUUACAAAAUAAUACUACAAAAAAAAGCGUUUUCGUAGUGGGAAAAUUAAGCACCAAAAUGUACUAACUCUAAUAUAUUUCCGACUGUAGGAUGUUUUUAUAUAAUUUCAAAGCAUAAAAAUUGCAAUAAAUAUUGAUUUCUCAAAA